GAAAUAGAUUUUUCCUCCCAUAAACCUCUUUCGGCCCCCUCUCUCCUCCGACUCCGAGCGAAGCUACCCCGGGAAGGGAGACGAAGCGGACUUCGGGUGCCGGCGAAGGAACGAAGAGAUGAUCAUUCCCGUGCGUUGCUUCACGUGUGGAAAGGUGAUUGGCAACAAGUGGGAUACGUAUCUCGAUCUUCUCCAGGCGGAUUAUUCUGAGGGGGAUGCGCUGGAUGCUUUGGGUCUAGUUCGCUAUUGCUGCAGGCGAAUGCUCAUGACUCAUGUUGACCUGAUCGAGAAGUUGCUAAAUUACAAUACACUCGAGAAAACAGACCCCAAUUAAGGCGAUAGCAGGUGGCAUGUGGAUUUUCUUCUAUCACAGUUUCAUCAUGUGGGUGGCGUGACAUCUAGUUGUAGGUCUCGUAGAGAUGGUCUGAUUUGUAUUAUAUUUGUUUCAGAAGUGGGUCCAAGAGACAGACAUGCGAGUUAAAAUGAAUGUACUGUGUCGAUGAUAGUUUACGAACAUUAAUUGUGUUGAAGAUACAAUUUGUUGAUGCUGGUUUAUGAAUCUUUUGAAGAUACUAUGUCUUGGUGAUGAAUGUACUAUGUGUUGAAGAUUUUUU